CUAAAACAUACCCAUUGUCGUGGCUUCAAUCAUCAGUCUACAAAGACGGGAAUUUGUUGCGAACUAUUUAACGUGAUAACGACUGAUGCUACGAUCACUGAUGAUAGAAACUUAAUACUUGAAUGAUUUAUUUCUGGUGUACAGGAUUAUCGAGUUCUUCUAUUUAGUCCGAAAUGUUGUAGUUUUGUGAACGUUAGGAACAAAACAAAAUAUUUAAUUUCCGCAUGUAUAUAACAAGUUAACCAGCUUUACAUUUAAAUUCAAUAUGGUUUACGGCAAUGGGACGAAUUGUGAUAAAUUAUGGCGUGCAUGGAACACAAUAUUAAUUACUGUGUUACAUAUAUUUCUGAUAUAUGUUGGAAUUAAUCGCUAUUUAACUUUUAAGGCACAAGCAUUCGACGCUAAAUUUGGUGGUGCUUGGGAUCAGUCAUGCAUGAAUUUCACAUUGGCAAUGCUUAUCACAACACUGACAUGUUUCUGUUUAUUUUUAUUCUGCAGUCUGAUACGUACAACAAAUUAUGCCAACGAAGGGACUCAGAUUGGUAGAGAUACAAAUAAUUUACAUUUAUUAAAUUCCCCAUGUGUUUGGAAAUCUGAACAGCCUACGAUGAAGUUAACUUCAAUGACAGAUCAUCAAAACUGUUUGUAUCCUAACGCUACAAAUGGUAACGGAAAUAUGAUGAAAACACUAAACCGAAAUGGCUACAAUCCCGGUGACGAUGAUCAUGCUUCAGCUAUCGGACCAGAUGAUGUCCUACCUGGUCCCAAUUAUGAUACAUGGUCAGGUCGUAGUGGAGUUAACCAGACUUUAUUCAAUUCUUAUGCAACUAACUAUCAUAAUAAUACGUCAACUGGACAACGUUUAAUUGCUAAUGAUAAUUAUGUACAUUUAUCGUUUAAACGUAGCUUCAACUUAUUAUGGCAACGUUUUAAAAGGAAUUUCUUACCAUACAGUGUUGUUUUGCAUUUGAUUAUGGCUUAUUGUUUAUUCAUACCAAUACCAUUAAUGCAAGCACAGCAAAUAUAUCAUCGAGCAUUACCUAUUAAUUGGAUAUGGCGUUCGGAUUUAGAUGUUUUGUUUGGCUUACGCAAUGUAUUUGUACAACCGCUAAAUCAACCGUUAUCACCUACACCAGGACAAACUUCAAAACUUUUAUCACCUGUCAAGUUAGAAUCGCAAUCAAAUGCAAAAGGUCCAGAACAGUUACUACAUGAUGAUAAAUCAACCUGGGAUGAUUUAAGAGCAAUAUCACCGGAAUUUUUUAAUCUAGCUAUCGCAUUCUUAAUUCUUAGCUUACGUUAUCCGAGUGUGUUUUGGUAUACGAAUCGUGGAUUUUCGUUCGUUUUCUCCCUACUCCUAUUAUUAACAGGCAUAAAUGCUUUAUUAGAAUGUUGUGCAACAUCUAUUCUUGUACGACUUGGUUGGAAUCAACUUCUGAUUCCAAGUGAAAUUUGGCCAACUGAAUUAAAACUUCUUACAUUACCGAAUUUACCAGCAAGUAAUUCAAAUAUUGAAAAACAAACAGUUGCAGGAAGUGAAUCGCCUGGAAACGAUAAAUCAGAUCCAUUGGACGUAUUAACUAUAGAGUCAAGUUUUACUUUAAGUAUUAUUGGACCAUUAGCACUUUCAUUCUUUGGAACUAUAUUAUUUCUUAGUCUUUUUAUGGCAAUGUUUGAAUAUGGUUAUCAUCAAUUCACCGAGAAUCUUUCAGCCUACAGACAUUAUCUUAUUGGAUCAUGUAACGGGAAUGGUUAUCCACUGGUCAAUGGAGGUGGUCUGAUUUCUAAUAGUGAAUUAAUAGAAAGACGCAGUAAUUGUGGAGUCAAUCCCAAUGGUUUAUCUUCAGGCAAUUUAUUCAGUCAUACAGUGACAGAAUCAGUACAUUCAGGUCAAAUAAGUGGUGGAAAAUCCAGUCAUUGUUUAGGUACUGCUACUGAUACAAAUGGUUGGACAACGCGUAAAACUCGUGGUUAUGGUUAUGGUGCAGAAAUGUUACAUACUGGAUGUCGAUGUUACUUAUAUUCAUAUGCACCACAUAUAUAUGCAUUGAUUGGCAGUUUACUUGUACUUGGUUUUAAAAUACCAAUUAUGUGGGAUUGUAUAUUGGUUUACAGGAUAACUAAACAUUCCAUUUUAUUAUUUAAUGUAAUCUCAGGAAUUAUUGUUAUAUUUGCUUGGUUUAUUGCAUGGUUCGCAUUUACAUUAAAACCUGCUUGGAAAUUUCAAGUGAAUCUUCCACUGCAAACUAUUUCAUCACCAGGUGUAAUGACAACAGGAUUUCAACCGAUAACUUUUAUUCCACCGAUAAAUUAUCAACCAGUCAAUGAUAUGAUACAAAAUUCAAUGUUCAAUAGUCAAAUAAGACAAAUAACAACAUCAACAAAUUAUGGUUUACCAAUGAAUGGGACUAAUAAUCGAUUAACCAAUCAAUUACACAAUCCAAAUUCAACAAAUAUGCAUACACAAAUGACUAUGCUUGGUGGCUCAACUGAUGACGGGAUAACACAUACUGAUGGGAAUGGUUCACAAGCGAUUGGUGUACCGGCUAGUCCAAUUUAUGCUUGUUUUCAUGAUAGAAAUACAGGAUUUUAUGGUAUAUCAGCAAGUGCAUCAAGUGUCGGUUUACCACUCAAUGCACAAAUACUAGUCACACCAGAAAUGAUCAAUAAUAAUAAUAAUAUUAAUAAUCAUACAUCUAAUUUAGUAAAUUCAUCCAUUGGACCUAAUCAUCAAGUGGGUAGUCAUGUAGAUACACGUAAUUCAGAGUAUGGAAUUGAAGAUGUUGAAGCAGGCAGUAGACAAAGCGGUGGGAAUAACUAUGUCUGUCUUCAAAGUGCCCUGAAUUCAAACAUUUCUAAUAUUGGUCAACCGAUUCUUGUUACCGCUCGUAACAAUCAUGGAAAUAAUACUAACGAUUGUGUUGGAUUACCAUCGUUGACACCAGUCACAAUAUCGUCAUCCAGUGGUCAGUUGCAACAUCCUGCAUUAAAUUUAUAUUCAGGAAACUUGAACAAUAAUUCUAACAAUGAUGACACAGCUAAUAAUAAUACUCAACUAUCAUCAAGUUCAUCAGGUCAUGGUGGUGGAGUAGACGAUGGUGACAAUUCACUGAGUACAAUCCAACCUUCAAAUAAAAUUUCUAUUCACGGUGGUUCAACUUAUCAAGGAUUUGGUUUUACGUCACCGAAAAUUGCACAUUCAAACUCAUUUUCAUUAAUAAAUCGUUUUCCGAAUCAAACAUCUACAGAUUCUCGAAUGACUACAACAACUGAGCCAUAUGGGAAUUGUUCAAGAAUUGGUGCAUCAGAUGAGAUAACAUGUCUACGGUCACAUCAAAACACUGCUAUAUUAUCAGCUGGUGAAUGUGGUCUGAUGAAUUCAAGUUCACAGAAUACAGGAAACGCCUUGGCUCCAAUCAACAUAUCAUCUUCAUCCUCAAACGGACCAAGAGUAACAUUUAAAGAUGAUAUCAAUUCAACUCGUGGAACUACAUCCUACAAUCAAAAUGCAUCAGUUUUAAUGCAUACUGUAACAACAGAGGGUAGUUCAUUUGAAGAAAAAUCAAUUGAUAAAGAUAAAUUUGGCACAGUUAACUUUGGCAGUGGACCAUAUGAUAAUGCAUUCCCUACAACAUUUCGUUCUAGUUUACUGAUUAAAAGUCAAUUACAAAAUGGUGAUAAAAAUCAAAUGGACACUGUCGAUUUACCUAGACCAUCGAAUACAUUUAUGAAUAGUUCAGGUUAUUUGAGACAGGGAAAUAUUGCUACAAGUAGUAAUAAUAAUAAUAAUAAUCACAAUAAUCAUAAUACGAACACUAACGGUUCUAAUCUAUCCUCCUUGUAUCCAAAUACAUCUUUCGGUCAAUCAAUAAUUCCUAAAAUGAUUGACAAUGUACUAACAGAUAUACAUAAUAGUAAUAGUAAAAAUAAUCAGUCCAUCCGAAUAGCUGGUAGUAGUUGUAAUACUAAUACUAAUACUACUACUAAUAAUAAUGUUAUGAUUGGUGACACUUUCAUUAAUGGUCAACCUAAUUCAAUGGAAGAGUUACCUUUAUUAUUGACUUCACAUAUAUCAACUGAUGAAGCUCAAGAAACCAGAUUAUGCAGUCAAGUCUAAAGAAAACUCUUUCAAAUGAUCUAUUUCCUUCAUGUGUAUUCUCUGUUUGGCCAAUUUAAAAUUUAUGUAUGCAUUUAAGUCAUUUUGAUGUGUCACAUCUUGUCCCUCCUAUUCACUUCACAUGUUUCCUCUAUGCUUUCAACGGAAUCCUCAUAUGUUAAUUAUGUCAUUCUGUACAUGUUGACCUGUUGUUCCAUACUAAUAUUUUUCAACGAAGAAUAUUACAACGAAAUUCCAGGAGAGCAGAACCUACUGUAGACCAUGACAUUAUUCCACUCUGAACAUUUUUUUAAAACCUAUUCUGAUAACAAGUAGAGGCAUUGGGAUAGGAAUAAAAAAAUGUAAGAAUGUGAAUAUUGAACUUUAUGCAAACUUAUCGACUAUAAAGUUGUUUAUUUUAAUUAGUAUUGUUUGUUUUAAGCAUUAAAUGCAAUGGUGCCAGUCAAAUUAUUGGUUCAGUUUAUUUUAAUCCAAAUCGAUCAUUGAACAAAUAGCAUAUACUGUUAAUACAUUUAUACUGUCACUAUUAUGAAUAAUGUGAAUAAUCCUAAUCUAGAAAUAAUAAUUUAUCCCUACAAAUGAAUAUUUGUAAAUAGUUACAGUGUGUAUACAUUCAAUUUACAAUGAUCAUAUUCUUCGCUAUGUCGUGCUAAAAGCGCCAAUUCGAUGGAACGAUUAAUUUCUUAAUGUUAUGUAAUUUCACGUCUUCAACAAUGUAACUUUGAUAAAAUGAUAUCUGUUAUUCAUGAUCAACAUAUUCACACACACACACUUACACCUUGUAUUUUGUUUUUAUCAACAGAGCAAAUACGGUUUAUUGUCCAUUUUCAUCAAAAAUAAAAUUAUUGUCAUUUUUAUGUUCCUUUUUCUCUGUAUUUUACUAUCUUUAUUGUCAUCUGUCCUUUAACGAUACGUGCUUUAAUUGAUAUAACACAGAACAUAGGUAUUAUUUCUGUUUACGUGUACAUACAAAAAUAUUCAUGAACAAUAUUGGAUACCAUCUAUAUCCUAGUACAUAUCGACUUAUAUUGUUCAGUCAAUAAAAUUAAUUUAUUAUUUUUCUUUAAUUGUCCGUCUAUCUUUUCCAUUUUGUGUUUGUGAAUGUGCGCGUCUAUGAAUUUUACACAUUUUACGUCUUUUUUCCUCCAUUCUACUUUUUAUUAUUAUUUUUUUUCUUUUUAUGAUGAAAGUAUGGCAAUUACUAUGUCUUGAAUUGAAUAAAACUUAUGUUAUAAUAA